UCUCCCGCCCCUCAGUUGCGCUGCGCUCGCCCAUUUACUUCGAGUUUUUAGGUCUUUGCUUGUAUCCGCUCUCUCCAUGCUAUAUAUAGCAACCAACCACGUGUUGAUUCAUCCCCUCAAGUCUCUUGUUCAUCCAAUCUUCAAAAACCAGAUUUCAAAAUCCAAUUUUGUUUGCAUUUUUCAAAACUCGGAUCUCAGACUCGAAGGCAGUGGCCGUGAUGGGAAACACAGAUUUGUCUCCCGGUAUGGAUAUGGGAUCCCAUGGCUCAGUGAUGACUGUAAAGAUCAGCGGAAAGGUCCUGACAGCUGCAGUCAUAUUUCUCUUUCUAUUUGUGUUCUUCGCUAUCUUCCUUUAUUUCUACGUGAAAGAACAUUGGAUCCGAAGAUUCGCCGACCAAAGCCGGACCCAACUCAUCAUCACCACCGCUGUUGACGCCCCAAUUCCCAGACGAGGCCUUAGCAGAGGCGUUCUUCGCUCUCUUCCAUCCGCUGAAUUUCGGCGAUGCAAUUUCAAGGACGGGAUUGAAUGCUCUGUUUGUCUCUGCGAGCUCUCCGAGGGAGAGAAGUUUCGGUUGCUUCCAAAAUGCAACCAUGGGUUCCACCUUGAUUGCAUUGAUAUGUGGCUGCAUUCUCACUUUACGUGUCCCGUUUGUCGUAGCCCAGUUGGCCCGGUGGCUUCCGGAGAAGGUGAAGUGUUUCCGGUGAUGGCGUCCGGACAACCCUCGUCGGAAUCCCCUGCUUUGCCAACCAAUAUGCUGUUUUGGAGAAAUAAUGGUAGGUUUAACACUAGGGGGUUGUCGCUUCAGUCGGAGAGGAGUUUAGUGAUAAGCAUACCGAAUAGAUUUGCUGAAGAGUUACCCAAUCCGAUUUCGAUAGCGGGAACGAGCAGGUGUUCUGGGGAGAACUUGACGUCGCCGGUGGAGGAGAUGAGAUCACCCGCAACGUCAAAGUUUAGAUCUUUAAAAAGGAUUUUGAGCAGGGGAAAGAGGAGUAGUGGUUCAUGUUGCAGCAGCCCUGUUGAAGGUGAUAUUGAGCAAGGACUGGGGAGAUGUGGAGUAGUAAGAGAGGAGGGAAGCUCCAAUGUUUCUAAAACUCUUCACAGCAAUUAAUUCUGUUGCUUCUUUUCCGUGGCCAUGGCCAACGCUUGAGUGUUGAGUUUGUAAGUUCGGUUUGAGGAUUUCGGGUGUUUGUAGCUAUUUG